AUGGAUGUAUUACAAUCAAAAAUUAUUCUACAGAUUCGUCCAAAAUUACAAUCAAUAUCUUGUCAAACAAAAUCAUGUUUAAAAUCGAGUACAUGUGCAACUGAACAAAUAUUAUUUUGUCAAAAUACAACAAAUAAUAAAUUAUCAAAAGUACUUGAAUAUAAAAAUCAAUCAAUUGUUUCUAAUCGUUGUUCAUAUGAAUUUUAUAUUCCUAAUCAUCUUCUUAAACAAACUCAUGAAUGUAUGAUUAUAGCAGCAUUAAAUCCUCAUUGUUUUACAAUUCAACUUAAACAAGAUGCAAUUGAAUUUGAUAAAUUUCAACGUGAAAUAAAUGAUUUUUAUAAUGAACUUGAUGAUAGACAAUAUUUAGUAAGACCAGAACAAAUACUUACUAAUUUAUGUGUUAUAUGUGCUGAUCCAAAAUCAUCAGAUAAUGAUAAAAUUUGGAAUCGUUCACAAAUACUUGAUUUUGAUGUAAAUGAUAAUACAGUUAACUUAUUUUAUGUUGAUUUAGGUACAUGGGAUGAAUAUGUACCUAUAAAUCGUCUUCGUCAUUUAAUUGAUUGUUUUCAUCGUCAUUUGGUUUUUUCAUUAACAUGUCGUUUAGCUCAUAUAUCACCAAUAAAUAAUGACAAUGUUGAUUUAACAUGGCCAACUGAUGCAACUGAUCAAUUUUUAGCUGUUAUUGAUCAAGUUUUACCUGAAAUAGAAUUUAUAUCAUUUGGAGAUGAUGGAUGUUUUCAAACAAAUUUAUUUGUUAUUAAUUCAGGACAAUAUGUAUGUGUUAAUGAUUAUAUGAUACAUAUUAAAAAAGCUAAAGCCAUUGUACAAUCAACAAAUAUUGAUGAUAACAAUCAAACGAUUGUUCGAUCUGACAAAAACUGUGCCAGCAAUAGUAAUCCAUCAAUUCAUCCAGUCAUUGCUUUAUACAAUCAAUUAGGAGAAGCUUUAACACGGUCUCUUGUUAAAUCUCGUCCAACUAGUCUAAAUAAUUCAUCAGUGCCAUCUUCAUCUAUUUCAAAUGAACCUCUUGUGAAACUUAUUCAUAUACAAGCAAAUAAUAUUAAUCAAAAAUUACCUAUUAUUUUUAUACAUUAUCAAAAAACUAUACUUAUACCUGAUUUCAAUAUUUGUACUUUACUUAAAAUAAUUAAUUCAAAUAUUGACAUUGAUAUUAUUCAAGAUUAUGCUUUAGCUAUUAAAUAUCAUUCUCUACGUAUAACACGUGAAUGUGAUUCUAAUAUAUUUACACAAAUCGAUUUGUUAGUUCAUGUUCAGUCUUUAAAUAAUAUUUCAUUAUAUUCAAUUGAUUUUGUUCGUUUUAUUCUCGAACAUUAUCAUUUUCCAAUAGGAAAUAUAUUUCUUGCAUUAGACAAUGCUAAACAUGCUCAAUUAAAUACAUUAGAUCUUUCUCUUUGGUUUACAAUGGAUAAUGAAUUAUCAUCUGUAUCCAAUAGCUCCAUAAAAACAUGUGAAGAUGAACAAGUAUCAACAAUAAAAAAACGUCUUCCAUUUUCUAAUCGACUUAUAUAA